CCACCAUCAAGAUGAGCGACUCGAAGCCUCUGCAGGAGAAGACUGGCGGCAAGCCCCCGGUGUAAGUUCAGCCCCCCCCUCUGGCGCCGCCUGAGGACCAUGGCCAGCCUUCGUCUUCAAAGGAAAUGUCACUGACAUGCCAUAGCUUCUUCGAGAUCACUUGGGAGGGCCCAGUCAUGCAGGGUGGACAGCCCACUUCUCAGGUCAAGGAGCAGACUGGCACGAUCAAGUUCCACCUGUACGACGCCAUCGUCCCCAAGACCACCGAGAACUUCCGCGCUCUCUGCACCGGCGAGAAGGGCUUCGGCUACCAGGGCUCUUCCUUCCACCGCAUCAUCCCCGACUUCAUGCUCCAGGGUGGUGACUUCACCCGUGGUAACGGCACUGGUGGCAAGUCCAUCUAUGGUGAGAAGUUCGCCGACGAGAACUUCCAGCUCAACCACGUCAAGCCCGGUCUUCUGUCCAUGGCCAACGCCGGCCCCAACACUAACGGCUCCCAAUUCUUCAUCACCACUGUCGUCACCUCAUGGUUGAACGGUCGCCACGUCGUCUUCGGCGAGGUCGACCAGGAGGACGGCUCUAUGGACGUUGUUCAGGCGCUCGAGGCUACUGGUUCCGGCUCCGGUGCCGUCAAGUACGGCAAGCGCCCCACUAUCGUGAAGUCUGGCCUUGCCUAAGGUAGAUGGAGCGUAAUGGAUCGAAGGUUGUUGUCGUCAGGAUAUUGGCAUACCUUCCCUUCCAGAGGAGUCGAGGCAUCGUGUAAUAAAUAUCAGACCGAUAGUCGGAAACACCAAAUCGGGCACCGCAUAUUCC